AUGAUGCGUGAAGUACUGGUGAUCGAUUUUUCGAUUCUUUUCAUUAUUUUUUGGGGAAUUUGUUGCCCUUAUUUAUCCGAUAUCCCACCGAACAUGGCUGAAUACUUCACUGUGAUUUGACUUUUUUCGAAGCUCGGUUCCACGUUUUAUUCUCAUUUUUUGAUAGACACCAUGCAAUAUUCGAGUCGAAAGUAUUGUUUUAAUGCACGCUCAAUCCCGAUUGUUACUAUUCUUUCCUUUUCAUCAGUGAAUCGAGUGAUAUAAAUGUUUUUCUCUGAAAAUUAUUUCUUAUUUUUGAAGGCUAUUGUUUGAAGGGCAAAAUGGAAUAUCUGAAAAGUUACAGUUUGUUCAGAAAAAGUUUGAAGCUAUUUAAAGGCACAGGCGAAGUCUUAUAAAAUUCGUUGCGGGACCUUUUUUUGUCGCGCUUUUUCAGGCUUCACCAUGCGCCUUUAAAAACGCUUCAAUAUUUUUUUAAAUAUUUAUAUUUUAUAAAAAAAUUAUGUAAUACUAAAAAGUCAUAUUGGCUUGAAACUCCUUGGCUGCAUUUGGAAUGGCUUUAGGAAUCAUAAAUUAAAGUUAUUCAAUUAAAUAUUUUUUUAAAAAGACGCUUCGAGCCAUUCUAAAUGCGACCAAAAAAAGUUUCGCGAUGAAGUUUUUUUGUGAUAUCACUAUUAAUUGAUUUUUUUCAACUUCAAUUUUUUUGAAGAAAUGUCAGCAGCGGGUGAAAAAAAUCGUCCUCACCGCACAGGACGUGACUCCGGCCAGUGGUUUGUUAUUUUAUUUUAUUUUUUUUUCCGAUUUUUCUUUUUUUUUGUACAAAUUUUUUUAUACUUUUUUUGAGGGAGUUUCUAAGAAAGCAGAGAGUUGAUCUUUUGAAACAAAAAAAUCAAUAAAAAUUAAGCUGUUUUUUGGUUUUUAUAAGGCUUAUGCUUCUUCAACUCCCUUUCUUUGAAACUCUAGAAAGGUUCCCCUCUAGGGACCACCUUAUUUUCCCCUAUAGGGAUCAUUUUUGCAAGCUUUAACGCCCCUGUAGGAUUUAAGUUAGUGGUCCCUCAAGGGUUUUUAUUCAUCAAUAUAUUGGCGUUAUUUGAGAAAAAAUUAUGGACAGGAAACAAAAUUUUGACUUUUCAACUUUAGAACCAUGACAAAAAAUUCAAAAGACCUCUAUAAGGACCACUUAAGCUUCAGAACCUCAAGGAUCAGGCCUCGAACCCCUAUAGGAACCACCUUAGUUUGACUCCCCUAGGGACCGCUAUUCUGUCCCUUAUAAUGACUGUUUUAUUCCAUACCCCUCUAGGGACCACUCUGGGUUUUCUAAGUCAGUGAACAAUAAGAUAUAGCUCUUAAAAUUUUAAUUUAAGGUGCCGAAAAACCCCUGAAAUGGAAACAAUACCUGAAACUGAAGAGAAGAAAAGACGGUCCAAAGAAAAUUGGGACGAAAAAGGCGAUUGGCGGCGAAAAGAAGAAGAAGAAAUUGAACAAAAAAGGAAAGAAAUCGGGUCUCACUGCUGCGCAAAUCGAACGACAUGAUACUGGUAGGAGAAAAUCCGUAUUUCAGCGAGAAAUUAAAAAAAAAAAUAGGAGCCUCGAACAUUGAUCCGACCUCGAUGCGAGGCGGAAAACUUCAAGUGAAACGGUUCGAAAAGCUCAAGGAAAAGUUCGAGAAACGCGUCGAGUUGACCGCCAAGGCUGAGAGACGGCUCAGAGAAGUGGUUCGUUUCUUCUUCGGCUUUUUUUCUAAAGUAUCAUUUCCUAUGUAUCACAGGCCGUGUCCAACAGAAUGGGAAAUCACUAAAACGUUAAAAGUUAAUUUUAAAUAUUUCAGUGAAUCCGGAAAAUGGAGAGAUUGUCAAGAAAAAGGUUCCUCAAACGUUUUUUUUAAAAAAAAUAUCUUCUAAGGGUCCCAAAAAGAUUUGUUCAAUGUAGCAUCCUUUUCACAUCCUUUAUUAACAAGAUGCUGGAAAUUGAACUAGAAAGGGUUCUAGGAGGUUCAAAAAAGCUAUGAAAAAAGAGCUCAAAAGGCUUUUUCCUGUCAUUUUAGCAGCUUUUAGCGGGCCCUUUUCAGCUCUUUUUGAGGAUCCUCGAAGAAAAUUUUCCGUUUCUAUAUCUGGGAAAAGCUGAAGUGGGCCCUAAAGGGAGUUCGAGAUUUUUUGGAGGGUCCUUUAUGGGGGCACAAAAAGCUUUUUUGAAUACUACCGUAGGGCUUUUUUUCUUUCCCUAUAGUACCCACUCCAGCUUUUCGCAGAUGGUUUUUUGAAACAUAGAAAUUGACCAUUUUGUAGGAAAUCUUAUCCAUCUGAUCCCAAAAAAUGUGAAAAAUAUUUUCCACGAUUUUCCUAGAAAUAUAAUUUUUUUAACUUUUUAACUUUAUUUUUUUUGAUUUUUUUCCAUGAUUUGAAAAAAAGGUUGAAGAUUAUAUUUUAAACGAAAACUCUGAAUUUGAAAUCACUGAGAAAAACGGAUUUUUAUUUAAACUUUUCGGGAAUAAUUUUUUUGGAAGUUUUAUAAAUAAGAACAAUUUUUACCAGAUUUUUCCCAUUUUUUUGUCAUUGAUUUCAAGGUCACAUGAUCAUAUUUUCCAAUGAUUUGAAGUUUUUUUGAUAGCUGAAUACAAAUAUUCAGAACCUAUUUUAAAAAGUUCAUGAAGAGAAAAAGUGCAAAAAAAGCGAAAUUUUGACCGCUACGCGAGCCGCGACGCGACGCUGUCUUUUUUCAUUUUUCUACUUUUUUUCUCCAGGAAGGGUUAUAUUGCGCCGACCGACGAGGAACCUUCAUAUAAUCUCCGACAAUCGCAAAUCGCCGACGAAGUUGAUUUGGCCUCGAAAGCCAAGGUUUUUUCAUAUUUUAAGCGAGAUUUUGAUCAUUUUUUGCAGUUCUUCGAGCUGAAAUUACCCCAAUUUGGUCCUUAUCACAUUGAUUACACGGAGAAUGGACGGUUUGUUGGUUUUUUUUAAAGAGAUUUUCGCAAGAAUUCACUAAUUUAUUGAAGUUUUGAAGUUUAUUUUUCUGGAUUUUUUCAGAAAAAUACAUUUUUUGCUUCAGGCAUUUACUAUUGGGAGGACGACGCGGUCACGUGGCGGCCUUGGAUUGGCAGACAAAGUCGCUCCAUUGCGAAACCAACGUCAUGGAGACGGUCAAAGAUGUCAAGUUCGUCUUAAAUAUCUUUCAUUGGAGUUUGAAAAAAAGAACACGAAAUAGAGUUUUUUUGAUAUCAAAAAAAGUUUUACUAAGCUUCAAGAAUGUUUAUUUAAAAAUAUUUAAAAAGGUAAAUUAUGAUAAGUUUCAUUUUCUAAAAUUGGAAAUUUUGAAAAAAAUCUAUCUUGAAAAACCGAAUUUUAGGAGAAUUGGAAUAUUUUUGGGUCGAAAAAAAGAGGAAAAAAAUAAAUUUCUGAAGGAUUCAUUUGAGCUGAAAAAAAAUUUUAUUUUUGAUGGGAGUCAUAAAAAAUUGUCGAAAAAGAUAUAUGAACAAGGCGGUCGCAAAAAAAUAAAUUCUCGAAGGCCUGAAAUGGGCGCUUUAGUAGAAGUUUUGAUGGUUUUUAAAAAAUUUUCGAAAUGAAGAUCAAUUUUUUUUUUCCGAAAGGGUUACAGGAGUGAAGAUUAGAAGUAGAACAAUAAAUUUCUUCUUUUAAACCAUUUUGAACACGUUAAAGUGUGAAAGUUCAAUCAUGCUAGUUAGAUUUAUUUGAUUGUUUUGAUGUUUUACUUUUUUUGGAAGAUUAGUUUUCGAGGCCCUUUUUUUUCCAGGUUUGUUCAAAAAAAUGGAAAAAAAUAAAAUUAAUAUUUUCUGAAAACGAAAAAAACAUACUAAAUAUUUAAUUUAAAAAGAAAAAAAUGGUUGACUAAAAAAAUGAUACAGAGCAAAAAAGCUUCAUUUAUUGAUCUUUUGGUUAUUCGGGCAAAACGGGAAAGUCUAGGACUUCCAAAAGACUCGAAAAACUUCUCAAAUAAAGAAAAAGAGAAGUUCUCCAGGUACCUCCACACGGAGAACUUCAUGGCGGUGGCCCAGAAGCACUACACGUACGUCUACGACAACGUCGGCACGGAACUGCACUGCUUGAAGUCGUUGUACGACAUCGUCAAGCUCGAAUUCCUUCCCCACCACUUUUUGCUCGUUGGAACUGUAUGAAAUCCUCACGAAACCUCCUUGAAAUGAUCAUGUUCAAGGCGCGGAACUCGUUCAUCUACUGGCUGGACGUCUCCGUCGGAAAGAUGGUGAUGAACUUCCCGACCAAAUGCGGACCCCUCAAUGUGAUGUGCAAGAACCCGGCGAACGCCAUCAUUCACACAGGACAGACGGAUGGAACUGUCGCCUUGUGGUUGGUUUUUUGUAGUCGGAGAGACCUUUUCAGCUUUUUUGAACUUUGAAGAGCAAAUUUUUGAAAAAAAUUUUGAAAAAAUGGUCAAUCACUACCUUUUUUUUUUUUUUAGCUGUUGCUCAUUUUUUUCAAAAAAAGGGUUUUGCUUGGAAAAAAAUUAUCAGGGGAAAUAUUUCGAAAAAAAGAAAAAAAUCUGAGAAAAAAAUCCAAAAAAAGCAAAUAUUUUUUUUAGAAAAAAAUGACCCAAAAAAAGAGCCGAAAAUGUAGAAUUUUUUUGAAAAAAAUGUUCCCAGCGUUUUUGCUGUAUUGAUUUUUUUAUUUGUGGAAAAAAAUACUAAUUUAACGAAAAAAAUUUAGAAUCUUAUUUUUGAAUCCAAUUUAUGCUGAUAAGAAAAAGCUUCAGGAAGUUUUUUUCAAUUUAAAAAUUUUGAUCUUUCAAUUUUUCAAGCCACGCUGAAUUCGGGAGCACUUGUGGUUCACAGGCAAAAUUUGACACAAAUGAUACAAUUUUGAAGUUUUUUUGAAGGAAAUAGCUUAAAAUAAGAAAGUUCUUACAUUUUCCAUAAAAUUUUGCAACACCUCUUUUUUCCACUAUUUCAUAUUUUGUGACCUUUUUUCUAUUUCAUUGAAUCUAUCUUCAAAGCUCAAAAAAAUUUUUCUACUAAGAAAAUAUUUGCAUUUUAAAAAGCAGCCUCUUCAAGGUCCCCGAACGCCAAAGAACCCUUGGUGAAGAUGUUGGCGCAUAAAAGUGCCAUCAAAGGAAUUGCGGUAGAUGAACAGGGCAAGUACAUGAUCACGACGGGGCUCGACAAGAAGUGCAGGUUUUCAUGGCUUCUUCGCUUCUCUGAAAGAAGAUGUGGCACUUCAGAGUGUGGGACGUGAGGAUGUACCGACAACUGCACGCCUACGCGAUGCCGUUCGGCGUCGCCGAUGUCGCGAUAUCGCAGAAAAACACGAUCGCCUGCUCUGUUGGAAAUUAUGUUCAGGUAAGGGGGAUCUGCUCGAAAAUUCAUGAUUUAGACGCCUCGUGAUCUUUUGAAAAUUAUUAAAAGGACGGUUUGAAAAAGAAUGUCUUUUGUGCUGCAAAAUUGAUGCUUUUUACGUCAGCUAAAUCACAUCUUUUCAAAAAAUCCAAAGACCGGGAAUCGUCUUUUCUAGUGAUUUCAUUUGUACAGCAUGCGCGAAUUUCCUGACUUUAUUUUGAAUUCCUGCCUGAUAUUUUUAUCCUUUUCUUGAAAAAAUUAGAAAGUUUAGCAUAUUGAUACUCUAGAAAUCUUGGUAUGAUAUUUAUCAUGGAUUAUACAGGCCAAUUUCCCAGAAAUUCCCAAGCAAACAGUGAAAUUGCCCUCUUUGUGAAGGUUCACCCUGAAAAGUUUGAAUAGGUUUCAUAAACUGGAGAAUGAACAAAUUUUGCUAGGUGUUCAAAGACACGACGACGGGCCACUGCAAGGAGCCGUUCUUGGUCCACAACUGCGGCGGCGCGGUCACGGACCUCAAGUUCGUCCCCUGGGAAGACGUCCUCGGCGUCGGCCACGAGAACGGCUUCACCAGCAUGCUCGUUCCGGGUUCGAGCGUCUUCAAAGAGACUGAAAACGUGGUAAACGGCCUUCAGGCUCCGGAGAAGCCAACGUCGACAUGCUCCGGUCGAACCCCUACGAAACCAAGUCGCAGCGUCGCGAGCGCGAAGUCAAGCAGCUCCUCGACAAGGCGAGUUUCUUUUUCGUGAUGAGUCAGAGAUUCGUGGAGAUUCGUUCCGCGAAAAUAUUAAUCCGAGUUCAUUUUUCUCUUGACUUUUCAAAAAUAUACUCUGGCUUCCUUUCAGUUUUUUUCCAAUAUUUAAGUGUAAAAUAAUCAUUCGGUGAAUAAAAAGUACAAAAAUGUCAUUUGAAACUUCGGGACGCGCCGUAACGCAACAGGUUGUGUGCCUGUCUACGGUCCACAGGGUCACAAGUUCGAUCCCCGCCUCGACCCAACCAAGGGGUUUGAGAAAUGUUGGUAGUGGGAAGCCACGGCUUCAUAAUCCUCAGCCGUCAUACACAAGGACGGAUAUGUCACUAGAGCCAGUCCACUGAUAAAGAAAUAUCGGACCUCGGCUAAUCGACUUGGGGCGCCGACGCCGCUCAAGCGGUACAAAGGCGUAGGAAAAAGAAGAAGAACGUCAACUUCAAAACUUUUAUUCAAUCUUCAGAGAAGAUUCCUCUGCUGAAUCAUGGCAUAAUUGAAGAGUUUGACGAUUCCCGAAAAUGUCGUUGAUCUGGAACGGCGCGUAGAGCAUCUCCCUUUUCUUGUGCUAGUAGUAGACGACUUUCGAGCGCUCCGGCGAUCACUGCUUCUCCAUGUAGAAACAGUACGUCGCCCAGCUUGUCCAGGGCUAGAGAACGUCGGAUUAAAUCUCAGACGAGAGCGGAAAUGAAGACCGACCACUCGGGUGGUAGAAAUGAGAUAAUUGAGUGUUUCAAAAAAAAAAAAAAAAUGACGCUAAAAUCCAAAAAAUCGUGUUUAUUUGAGACUGAGGAAUUCGGCGUUCCGCAAAAAAAAUUAUUAUCACGAAUUCUCCAUUUAAAAACUUCAGUUCUGCCAAUCUUUUAUGUGAUCCCUAUCAAUUUCACUUGGGUCUAAAGCUUAAAAAAUAAUAUAAGGCAAUUUCAAAUCAACCGACUCUUAGAGGAAUAGAUGAAAGAAACUCGUUAAGAUUUUCUCGUUUCCUGAAAUUUUAUUCGAAAUUUUAAUUUGAUUAUAUGAUAAAACAAUCGCUUGAAAAAUCGUUGAAAGUUUUGCCGUAGUUGGCAAAAAACGACGUGAAAGUGUGUUCCACGCGUCUUGCCUCUCAAAAAAAAUCUUGGAUACUGGGACCUCCAUUUUAGUUUCAUUUUUUCAGCUCCAACCGGAACUCAUUUGCCUCGAUCCCAACGACAUCAACAGGGUCAAUGAAGGUUGGCUGAAGUCUUGAGAGCUUUAAAUCGAAAAACUCUGAUUUUCAGACCUUUUGGAGCAGGAAAUGGAGGAACGGAAGAAGAUUCUGUACGUUCGACCUGUAGAAGUCCAGUACACGCCGAAGCACAAGAUGCGCGGACGAGGCGUUGGAACUCAUAAGGUAAAAAUGUUGAAAUAUUGAGAGAAAACGAUUCAUAUCCAUAUACAUUGGUUACCUUUUCCGCCGUCCAACUUUUCCUUGAUUUAAUUAUUAUUUAUCUGCCUGAGGUUAAAACUAGGUUUUAAAGGGACCAACACUACUUACCUGAACUUUAAAACCGUUUUUACUCAUUAUUUCGGUAAAUUUUCGUAAGUGGACCCCUUCUCCUAGACUAAUUAGGCUCCUAUGAAGAGAAUAAUGAUUAAUAAGAAAUGAAACAGGUAAAAUGGUGGAUAAUGGCCGCUAAAAGGGAGAGACUCAAAAAAGGCCGCAAAAAGGCAGCAAAGAAACUCUCUUUAUCGAAUCUUCCAUUUUUCUGGGAUUUUAAAGUGUCAAGAAAUGAUGAAGAAAGGCAGCAAAAAUGGUGCAGAAGGGCUGUGAAAAGGCGCAAAAAGGCAGCAAAAAGGGAGGCUUCAUCACCCUAAAAGGAACAUUUAUAUGGAACCUUUAUGGACCCUCGGAGGGUCCUUCCGACUUUGCCUAUGAAGAGCCCACCGUGGGUCCAUGAGGGCUGCUGGAAGGCUCCAUAGAAAUUUUCCUUUUAGAGUGACGAAGGCUCCUUUUUUGCUGCCUUUUUAACGGCAUUUAUGCACCCUUUUUGCUGCCUCUCCCUUUUUCCACUACCCUCGAGCCUCGUGCUAUGAAAGUCUUUCAGAAACUUUCUCGGGAUUUCUUUUCGAAUCAUCAAUUAGUCAAUAAUUUAUGUUGUUUUUUCAUAGAUGUGAGCGGCUAGGCUGGUGAAAAAAAAAACUUUUGAAGUUAUAACGAACAACCCCUUUGGCGAACUAAAAGGUCUAGCGUGUAGUCGAAAGAGUUGAAAGCAUGGUCUCACGGUCGUCUGCCUCGUUCUUCUGCGCGUAGUCCAUCCAAGAGCGCCUUGACGAGCUCAGAAUGUAGCGGAUCUUGUAGCUGGAGCCCGGAGACUUAGGUGGAAGCCUCGAAAUGAGAGCAGUCACUUCGAGUGGCAAUUUUAGACGGAAUUUCAUUCUUCAAAACGGAUAUUUAGGAGUCGAGGAAACAGGUUGUGAAGGAGAAGAUCCGCGUGGAGCACAACAAGGAGAAGGAGCAACUGGAACGGGAGCUGUCGUUGCGCGGAAAGAAGGAAACGGAAGAUGAUCGUCCGAAACACGUCCUCGACCGCUUCAGGAAGAAGAACUGA